ACCGCGGAUGGUACGUUCCGCACGUGAGCGGGGUGCUGGUCUGGCCGGGGACGCGCGUGCCCUGUGGCCAAACACGGCCCGGAGUGCGAGCAAACUCCCUCCCGGGCGCAGUGGGGCCGGCGCGAGUGUGCGUGCGUGUAUGCGUGUGUGUGUGUGUGAGUGUGCAGAGAGCGCGGGAGGGGGGCACCAACUGCUUCACACUUUGAAUACUGACUGCACUGGAGCAGCAGAGAACUGGAGACGCACAGAUUUUUUUUUCCCCUCCCCGAAGGCGACACAGAAGGUCCCACAGGCUUCCAGAAGAGCAGAACCCCCCCAAAUCUUGAAACGGAGGCCACAGACCGGCGGUAGAACAUGGACGAAGGAAUCCCUCAUUUGCAAGAGAGACAGUUACUGGAACAUAGAGAUUUUAUAGGACUGGACUAUUCGUCUUUGUAUCUGUGCAAGCCCAAAAGGAGCAUGAAGCGAGACGAUAGCAAGGAUACCUACAAAUUACCGCACAGAUUAAUAGAAAAGAAGAGGAGAGACCGAAUUAAUGAAUGCAUUGCCCAACUGAAAGAUUUACUGCCGGAACAUCUGAAAUUAACAACUCUGGGGCAUCUGGAAAAAGCUGUCGUCUUGGAAUUAACUUUGAAACACUUGAAAGCUUUAACAGCCUUAACGGAGCAGCAGCAUCAGAAGAUAAUUGCUUUACAGAAUGGGGAUCGAUCGCUGAAAUCGCCCAUUCAGGCCGACUUGGAUGCGUUCCACUCGGGCUUUCAAACGUGCGCCAAAGAAGUCUUGCAAUACCUCUCCCGCUUUGAGAGCUGGACACCCCGGGAACCCCGCUGCGUGCAGCUCAUGAGCCACUUGCACGCCGUGGCCGCCCAGUUCUGGCCCGCCGCUGCCCCGUUGCUGCAGCCCCCGGGCCCCGGCACGCCUGCAGCCGCCGCCCCCGCCGCCCCCGCCGGGCCCGGGACUGAGCGCGCCGUCCCCAAGCUGGAGCCCCCCGCGCACUGCGUGCCUGUCAUCCAGCGAACUCAGCCCAGCACGGAGCUGGCCGCCGCCGCCGAGCAUGACACAGACACUGACAGCGGCUACGGAGGCGAGGCCGAAGCCCGGCCCGCGGGCGCCCCCCGAGUCACCAUCAAACAGGAGCCCCCCGGGGAUGAUCCGCCAGCGCCCAAGAGGCUGAAGUUGGACCCCCGCGGCGGCAACGGCGGCGGCCCCCCUCCAUCUGCGCUCCUGGGCCCCGAACCCGGGGCGGCGGCCGCGCUGCUCAGACCCGACGCAGCUCUGCUCAGCUCGCUGGUGGCUUGGGGUGGAGGCGGGGGCGCCCCGUUUGCACCGCCCGCCGCCCCCUUCUGCCUGCCUUUCUACUUCUUGUCGCCCUCGGCGGCCGCCGCCUACGUGCAGCCCUUCCUGGACAAGAGCGGCCUGGAGAAAUACCUGUACCCCGCGGCCGCUGCCCCCUUCCCGCUGCUGUACCCCGGCCUGGCCGCUGCCGCAGCCGCUGCCGCCGCUUUCCCCUGCCUGUCAUCCGUGCUGUCACCCCCGCCCGAGAAGUCGGCCCCCGAUGGGGUGACCCCCGUCGGACGCCGCCACCUGCCCUGCGCUGGACCCCCGGAAGCCUUGGCCCAAGCUGAGCCCCCGCCGCCGCCCCGGGACAGCCCUUGAAGCUCUGACAUCUGGACACCCUCGGAGAGAGGGAAGGAAGGAGUGUGGUCCAGGCACCACGGGCUUUAGAAGUCACACCAAGAGCCCAGGUGUUUGUUGGGUGGACAUUGGAGUCCUGUUUGCACCCUGUAACCCCCCCCCCCCAAGGUCCCGUCCCCCCAGCACCCCAGCUGUAAAGGAACCACCGCGGUCGCUCUGGAUGCUUUUUCUUUCCACAAUUCCCCACUCCCCCAGCAAGUCUGCCUUCCCUUCCUUAGGUCAUGCUCCUUUGCAAAGAGGUCAGGGCCUGGCUUCUGCUCCAGAGGCUGGAGGGUGCUGUGCUGCCCGGUGGGUGGGUGGGUGGGUGGGAGAAUAGGUGGUGGGCAGUAGCCAGCCACCCCACCUCCAUGCGGUUGCAGGUGCCUAGCCCUUUAGAAUUGCAUCUCUCUGCUCUCAAGUCUGUUCUAAAGUCCGGCUAUCUAAAGGCACAGGAUUCUGAGCGAGAGGAAGGGAAGGGGCUGGCUGGGUCGCAGGCGCUGUCUCACUCAGCCCCUUCGGAAGCGAAGCGGUUGAAUGGUAACCCUUAGUAACUUGCACUUGGUCCUGGAAAUUCAGUCAGGGAAGGAGCUGGAGGAAGCCAGAAGUCAUUCUUAGCACAUCUGCUAGCACUUUAUUAUUGAGAAACCGACCAGGAACCAGUUGGCUCACCUCCAUUUCAUAUAUACAGGUGUACAUGAGUUACAUGUGUGUGGAGAUAUGUAGACAGAGUGCAACUGUUCGCACUCCUUGCCGAGUCUGUCAUGUUCCCAAGUUUUCCUAAGUUUGCUAUUUGAAAAAAACGUGCAAUGAACUAAACAAAGAGAAAACUUAAGUUCAAACUGAUUUAUCCCAUUUAACUGCGGAAAUUCACACACACACACAAAAAAAAAUGGAGGGAAGCUUUCAGCUGGUCGGUUCAGAUCCAUAAAACAUAUGGAAUGAAGCAGUGUACGGCCUACCCUCGCUCCAUGUCUAUGUAUUUUCUGGAGACCAAACCAGAUACCAGAUAAUCACAGAGAAAGCUUUUUAAAAUAAGGCUUAAACCAAGACCUUGUCUAGAUAUUUUUAGUUUGUUGCCAAGGUAGCACUGUGAGAAAUCUCACUUGAAUGUUAUGUAAGGGGUGAGACACAACAGUCUAUGAGUGAAGAAAAUAUCUGGGUCUUUUAGUCAGUUUGGUGCAUUUGUUGCUGCUGUUGCUACUGUUUGCCUCAAACGCUGUGUUUAAACAACGUUAAACUCUUAGCCUACAAGGUGGCUCUUAUGUACAUAAUUGUUAAUACAUCCAAUUAAUAAUGUCUGACAUGCUAUUUUUGUAGGAAGAAGAUAUGUGCUAAUGAUAUUUUGAGUUAAGAUAUCUUUUGGGAGGAUUUGCUGAAAAGUCGCACUUUUGUUACAAUGCUUAUGCUUGGUACAAGCUUAUGCUGUCUUAAAUUAUUAAAAAAAAUAAAUACUGUCUGCAAGAAACCAGCUGGUUUAGAAAAAUUCUAGUAUGUGAAUAUAACUAGAAAUUCUUUAUAAUGCUAGUAUUUCCCACACUCCACAAAUUCUAUUACCUAAAUUUGCCCUAUUUUGUGAUUGAAAAAUUCUUACUAAGGAAUAAAAUCUUUAAUAUAAGCUA